AGGCGGGCCUUGUAAAGAUGGCGGCCCCGGCGACUACGGAGGUGCUGGAGUCAGACUUGCCUAGAGCCGUGGCACUUUUGAAAAACCUCCAGGAGCAGGUAAUGGCUGUAACUGCCCAAGUUCAAGCUCUGACAAAAAAAGUUCAAGCUAGAGCCUAUCCUACAGAAAAGGGUCUCAGCCUCUUGGAAGUGAAAGACCAGCUGCUGCUCAUGUAUCUUAUGGAUUUGAGCCAUCUCAUUCUGGACAAAGCCUCAGGAGGGUCUCUUCAGGGACACGCUGCAGUUUUGAGACUGGUGGAGAUUCGCACGGUUUUGGAAAAACUUCGUCCCUUGGACCAAAAACUGAAGUAUCAAAUUGACAAACUGGUCAAGACUGCAGUGACCGGCAGCCUCAGUGAGAAUGACCCACUCCGUUUUAAGCCUCAUCCCAGCAAUAUGAUGAGCAAGUUGAGCUCUGAGGAUGAGGAAGGUGAAGCAGAGGAAGGCCAGUCUGGGGCUUCAGGGAAGAAAUCUGCAAACGGAGCAGUUAAGAAAUAUGUUCCACCACGUUUGGUUCCAGUACAUUAUGAUGAAACAGAGGCUGAGCGGGAGAAGAAGCGUCUAGAACGAGCCAAAAGGCGAGCAUUGAGCAGCUCUGUCAUUCGUGAACUUAAGGAGCAGUACUCAGAUGCUCCAGAGGAAAUCCGCGAUGCCCGGCAUCCUCAUGUUACUCGCCAGAGUCAGGAGGAUCAACACAGGAUUAACUAUGAAGAGAGCAUGAUGGUGCGUUUAAGUGUCAGUAAGCGAGAGAAAGGACGACGAAAACGCGCAAACGUCAUGAGCUCACAGCUUCAUUCUCUCACGCACUUCAGUGACAUCAGUGCUUUAACAGGAGGAACUCCUCAUCUUGAUGAGGAUCAGAAUCCUAUUAAGAAGCGGAAGAAGAUAUCUAAGAAAGGUCGGAAGAAAAAAGAUAAUUGCUUCCUUGGGAGGUUGAGAGCGCUGAUUCCUAGCCAGGACUUCAGAAAGAUGACUGUCUAAUGGCUGGCAUGGGGAGACUGGAAAAAGGCUGGAGUUAUAUAUGGCGCAGAAGAAGGAAGGUUGGGGUGUGGAUUGACAAGCAUAUGACUGGCACCAAGGAUUCCUUUAAGGUCACUGAACAAAGGGACAGCUUGCUUGUCAUUACUUUUCUCUUUUGAAAAGAAAAGAAGACUAUAUUCAGUACAGAUCUAAACUCUCCCUGUCUGGCUCCUCACUAAGAACUAAAGUCUUGGAGGAGUGCGUUAGGUUAGCAGAGCCUCUUGAUGGCAGCUACCCCAGUGUUUCCCAACCUUUUUCAGUCUGAAAUACACCAGGAGCAAGUGCUAUCUUGUCUCUGCCCCUAACCACCAUUCACUUAGAUAGCAUUCUCUGCCAUUAUUCAUACUGAAAUAUUAAUUCACUCAAAAAAUAAUUGCAUUUAACUGUGCAGAGCAUAGAGUAUCAUUAAUUAAAGAACACUUAUGAAGUACCUACUAUCUGCCAGACACACUAGGCAUUCAUUAGGUUUAGAUAAAAAAAUAAAGAAUAAGAUAGAACUACUACAUCUGAGGGGUUUAUAUUUUGAUUCGGGCGGGGGAAAGAUGUAUUCAAUAAAGUGCAGUAACUGUGUGUAUAUGUGCAAAUGUGCAUGAACUUCUGUAGCACCUAUCGCCUGUGCUGCUUUUGUGUCCUCUUAUACUUUUUCUUUCUUUUAUAUGUGUCCUAUCUGUCCAUAGAGAUGGUAGCUCCUCGAGGGCAGAAACCCAUGUCUUUAGAAUGAGUUACACAUUUCAGUAGUACAAAGCUUCACAUGCUUGCAACUGUUCAACUGUGUUGACUAACAUACAGCCAUAUAUCAGGGAAUACAUGUUGCUUUAGAAUCUGUGACAUUCCUAAUUAUGGCAAAUAUUUGUCCUCUAAAGGGAACUCUUAUUUUUUAAAGUUAUAAAAAACAUGACAGAGAGUAAGAUAAUUAUGUGACGAGUCAGGUAAGUCACUAAACAAGAUAAUGGUCCUUAGUCUCAGUGGGAUUUGAAGCCAGGUCCUAAAGAAGGACCAGGGCUGAGGAGAGGGAGUUGAGUGUAGAAAAAAAGUCACAAGCUUGUUUGUAUAUGUACUGUAUUUCCUUUCACUUUUUAUAGCCAUUUCCUACCAUCUUCACACUCAGAAUUAUGAUUAGGCCAUUCAUACACAUUUAUGUCCUGUUUUGUUCACUUAACGCUGUAUCAUAUUUUCCUAUGCUAUUAAAAAAUCGGAUUAAGAAAUGAUGAACAUGUGAUAAUACAUUAUGGAUAUGCAAUAAUUUAUAAAACCAUUUUUUUGUUAGACAUUUAAGAUGUUCCCAGAUUUUUUGGUGGUGUUUUUUUCCUUCUAUUAUGGAUACCCACAUCUUUAUACAUAGAUCUUUGUAGUUUUCUGAAGUAGAAUAUCUGGAGCAAAGGAAGAGGACCCCCCAUUCUGGUCUGUGAUUGAGUUAGAUUUACCCAGGGGAGCUGCUUAUUUAAUUUCUUAAAAGAAUUUAUUUUUUUGAAUAGGUGAAAAAUAUAAACACUACAAAGGUAAUACAAUGAAAUCUCCUUCCACCUUUGUCCCUGAUUUCCCUUCCCCAGAGGUGUUUUAUGUCUGUAUAAGUACAUGUGGAGAUACAGAAGUUUUAUUAAAAAUACAGCUCAUUUGAUCCCACCUCCCAGAAAUUCUAAUCCAGUCUAAGUGGAACCUUGGAAAGCCUUUUUUACCCUCUAAAGCUUUCUAGCUAAUUCUACCUUGCAGCCAGAUUUGGGAACCACCAAGUUAGAUGAACUCUUGGGAUCCUUUCCAGCUCUCAGAUUUAAUGACUGAAACUCACAGAAUUAAUAAUUAAAAAAAUAAUAAUGGUUAGUGUUAAGACCAAACCAUAAUCAGGCAUCAUAAAGAUUCUCUUUGAAAUGAUGUCAGGGAUCUAAUUUUGGAUACUGAGUCUAAUUUUUGAUACUGAAUUUAUUGUUAUUAAUACAAACAAUGCCUAACAUUUAUUUAGUGUUAAGGUUCUAUGGAAAGUACUUUAUACAUUCUCAUUUAAACCCAAUAGCACCCUAUGUGCUAGGUAAUUCUUUUUUUAAAAAUCCUCACCCAAGGAUAUUUUUUCCAUUGCUU